AUAGGUUCAACAGCAUAUGGAAAGCAGCGCGUUAUGACAGGCAAGGUAUUUGUCUUGCAGUCUUCGACGAUUAAUAACGUCAGUAGAAUACGUUUGAAAUGGUUUCUGUAAAUAGAAUAUAGGUUGCACAGCUGUGUAAAUAAAACGAGCGCGUCAAGACUUGAGCAAAAAUGGCCCUGAAGUUUUCCUAAAUCGGAUUUAACCUGGAUCAGAAUUUACCGCAUCGGAUUGUGACUGGAACGCGCUCGGAUCUACCACCAAAAGCUGUCUUUCUUUAGACCCAACAGUACACAUUUGCUUUGAAAUACGUUUAUUUAAAGUAUUUUUUCCAAGAGUGGAGAAUGCAUCCUGGCAAUUGUCGUAUGAAUGGAGGUGGUGGACUCGAUGGUGGAGACCGCAGCGAAUCCGUAUUUGGGACGAUCACGCUAGAGGAUCUGGAAUCUUUUUCGGAAGACCAGCUGUCAGAUUCGGGCAAUGGAAGUCUGGAAGAGGAGAGUGAGACGAUGGAGGACGAAGGGCAGCAAGACCGAUUGCUGCGCUACUGGCAGGACGCUGCUCGGGGACACCAAGUCGAAGUGCCUCGAGACAUGGCCGAGCCCAUCCAGCAGAUCACCAGCAACAACAACGGACAACACGACCGGGAGCGCGUGCCCUUCACCCUCAUCGCUCGUAAGGAGAAGUGUGGGGACGUGCUUUAUGAGAAGAGACACUAUGAGAAGGCCCACUGGGCGUGCAUCACGGUUCACGAGGACACCUACGAGCAGAGCAUCUGUUACGGUUUCAUGAAGCUCAUGAGAUACAUCUGCCAGCAGAACUCCUCAGGUACCUAUCUGGGUUUGACCAUCCCUAUCCUGACGGUGAUCCGCACGGACGAGAACCACUCUGUCUUGUCUAGUGACGUCACUGUGGCCUACUACCUGCCCACAGAAUACCAAGCCCAGCCACCCCAGCCUUCUGACACUGAAAUAAGCAUUGAGGAAUGGCCUGCCACUAUUGUAUACACAAGGACCUUCGCUGGUGCUACGAACGAGGUGACCAUCAUCAACGAGAUCCGCACCAUGGCGGAAGUGCUCGACUCCCCCGCCAUUUGCGUGAAUGGCUCAUUCAUUGUCGCCGGCUACACAAACCCCGCGGCGGUAAACCGACAGAACGAGAUUUGGUUCCUGGAGCAGCCUUGAGGGCCAGCCUAACCUUGACCUCUCCUCCUGAACUUGACCCACCCAACACCCCGUCCUUAUCUGACCCUACCGAUUCACCCCUAAUGGAAACCCCUUCCCAUUUUAGAGAGAGAAGAGACUUUGGGACUUUGCUGAAAAAAGGUUCUUAUUACCAGUUCUGUGCAAGGCUGCAUCAUUUGGGUCCAUUAAUCCUCUAGAGUCUUAACCUGGAAGAGGAGGGUGGGGGUUCUACUAAGCUAACAUAUGGAAUUGUUUUAAGAUGGUCAUACAAAGGAUCACUUAGAUAUUUUAAUUUUAUAUUAAAUUAUUUGAUGAAACAUUGAAUUUGGCCUUACUGCUAUUAGCCCAUAAACACAUUGAAUUACAGAUUCAUACAAGGAAAAACAUAGUAAAACAUCUACUGGAAGUUU